UAUUUGGAGAAACCUGAAAUAAUUUUUGUGUUUAUAUCUCGACUCGACUGACUUAUAUAUAAUAAUUGAAAUUAAUUUAUAAUUAAAUUAAUAAUUUAUGUGAUUUUAAAUAAUUUGUUUUAAAAAUACUUCAUCACAAUUCUUUGUGCGAAAUGAGUGCGAAAAAGAUCGCCGAGCAAAAGCUUCAGGCUUUUGCGAUUGGGGCUAUGGGAAUAAAAAAGGCGUUUACAAGAAAAGAGCAAGAAGAAUUGAGAAAAAAAGAAGAGGAAGAGUUAGCAGCUCAUGCUUUUAAAGAAUUUGUGGAGACGUUCCAAGAAGCUCCAACUGCCUCCUCAAAAAUAUGGGUAAAAGCUGGAACAUAUGAUGCUGGAUCGAGAAAGGAGGAUAACAGAGAAAAGGGAAAACUUUAUAAACCGGGUUCCAAAUUAAGUGAUGACAAAUCAUCCGCUGAUAAAGCACAAGAAUAUGCCAAAAUGCUUUCUAGUGAAGCAAAAAAAGAAAACUUAACUUUAAAAAAAAAAGUACAGGAAAAGAAGAAAAGCAAUUUAGAGCUUUUCAAAGAAGAAUUAAGACAGAUUCAAGAAGAACGUGAGGAGCGUCAUAAAUAUAAACAUAUGGCAAAACAUGUUGCACAAACUCACGACGUUGAAUCUAAUAAAGAGACCGCAGAAUCUGGAUCGUUUGACAAUGGGGAUCCAAAUACUACGAAUUUAUAUUUAGGAAACUUAAAUCCUAAAAUUUCCGAGCAACAACUAAUGGAACUAUUUGGUAAAUAUGGUCCUUUAGCGAGUAUUAAAAUAAUGUGGCCAAGGUCAGAAGAAGAAAGAUCCAGGGGACGGAAUUGUGGUUUUGUUGCGUACAUGAAUCGGAAAGAUGCUGAGCGCGCAUUGAAGACAUUGAACGGGCGCGAUGUAAUGGGUUACGAAAUGCGUCUUGGUUGGGGAAAAUCUGUUCCUAUACUAUCAUUUCCAAUUUACGUUCCCCCAGCUUUAUUAGAAUAUACCAUGCCGCCUCCACCGUCCGGUCUUCCAUUCAACGCUCAACCAGCUGCUGCUGAUAUAAAUAAUGUACCUGGCGGAAAUUACAAGGAAUAUAUAGAUGAUGAGGAAAAAAAAGAACAAAUGGAAAAAAUUUUGUAUAAUUCAGUAAUUAAAGUCGUGGUGCCGAAUGAAAAACCACUUCUUUGUCUUAUUCAUCGAAUGAUCGAAUUCGUUAUAAGAGAAGGCCCUAUGUUUGAAGCUAUGGUUAUGAGCAAGGAAAUGGAAAACCCUAUGUUUACAUUUUUGUUCGACAAUGAAAGCCCGGCGCACAUUUAUUAUCGUUGGAAAUUAUUUUCUCUUCUACAAGGAGACACACCUACUGAAUGGAAAGAAAAAGAAUUUCGAAUGUUUAAGGGGGGAUCCAUAUGGAAACCUCCAGCUGUUAAUUUUUAUAUGCAGGGUAUGCCAGAAGAAUUAAUAGUUGACGAAGAAGGAUCCGAGAUGAAUAAGGGUGCUCUUUCAAAUGCUCAGAGGGACCGCUUAGAAGAUCUUAUACGAUAUUUAACACCUGAGAGGAAUAAAAUAGGUGACGCCAUGAUCUUUUGCAUUGAACAUGCAGAAGCAGCCGAUGAAAUUUGUGAAUGUAUCGCUGAGUCUUUAUCAAAUCCGAGCACUUUGAUGAGUAAAAAAAUUGCUCGCUUAUAUCUUAUUUCAGACAUUUUGCAUAAUUGUACAGUAAAAGUUUCUAACGCAAGUUUCUUCAGGAAAUCGAUGGAGAAAAACUUAGUAGAUAUUUUCAAAGACAUUCAUUCUUAUAACAUGUCAAUAGAAAGCCGUUUAAAAGGUGAAGCAUUUAAAUCUCGUGUAUUAAACGUCAUCAGUGCGUGGGAAGACUGGACUGUUUAUCCUAAAGAGUUUCUGUCUAAUUUGAAAAGUAUUUUUUUGGGAAAACAGAAUGUUGAAAAAACAGAAGUAGAAAGCGCACCAUUGUCGGGUGAUGAAAAGGAAGAUGAAGAGCUCGAUGGAAUUCCAUUGGAUGGAGCUGCCUUACUAAAGAGCGCAAUGCUUAGAGGACUACCUCAAGAGUCAAUAAAAAGUGCAUCUCCAACGCGAAUUCAAGAGCAAAGCAGAGAUAUGGACUACGACGAAGAUGAUAUUGAUGGAGUUCCUCUAGAGGAAGACAUUGAUGGAGUGCCACUCGAGGAUAAUUCUGAUUCAAAAAAUAAAACUGGCGGUUUCAUUCCUUCGAAAUGGGAAACUGUUGAUCCGGAACAAGUAGAAGCCCAGGCAAUUACAACCAGCAAGUGGGAUACUUUAGAUCCUGUUGCGCCAGAACCUCCAAAAUUUUACGACUCUGACGAAAGAAGCGAGGAUAAUUUGGAAAAACAUGAUGAAGAAAAGAGAACUAAAUUAAGAGAAAUAGAGGUCAAAAUAAUGCAAUAUCAAGACGAAUUGGAAUCAGGACAACGAGAAUUGAAAACUGGAUGGUCGAUGUCACAACAAAUUGAUCAUUAUAGAAGAAAAUUAUUAAAAAAGGAACAAAAGGUUGUUCGAGAGGAAAUAUAUGAUUCACCGAAAAUUUCAAAAAGGAGUCCAAGUCCCUCUGAGUCAAUAACAUCAAAAAAAUCGAAGCGUUCUAAAAGGUCGCCUUCAAAUUAUUCAUCAGAAAGGACGUCAAGCCCAGUUCCAAGAAAUAAGCGUCGAUCUAGAUCCCCAUAUUCCACAAAGUAUCGUGAUUCUUCACCAAUUUCAAAUCGCAUUAAACCAAAACGAAAUAGAUCACGUAGUGAAUCUGAAUCACCUAAACGGUAUAGAGAAAUAUCUCCAUCGGAUGUUUAUUUAAAAUCAUCCAAAUAUGAUGCAAGUCCACGUGCACAAAGAUCUCCAUCACCUUCAAGAUUAUCAUCAUCGCGUAAGUCUCAUGGAACUGAAUAUAGAAGGGAAACUUCUCCAAAAUAUAAAAGUUCUUCACCAGCCAGAUAUAAAAAUGAUCGACAUAAGCAUAAACAUAAGCGAUGAAUACAAAUGGAGCAUUCUUGUAAUACUAAGGAUUUAAAAGAAAAUAAAAAUUGAAAAAAAAUUAAA